AUGCUCGUUCAAACACUUCUCGCCAGUCUGGCGCUCGUCUCCAGCACCCUCGCCAACCCUGUUUCUCGCGCCACCAAGGCCUGCUCCGACCCCGUCGUCCGCAAAGAAUGGCGGGAACUCACCGGCGCCGAAAAGAAGGAAUACCUCCGCGCCGCAGUCUGCAUGCGCAACCUUCCCAAGAAGGCGUACGAGUAUGUUGACGACGUCAAGACUCGCAUGGAUGAUCUCGUCCACACCCAUUCUUCCCUGCAGCCCGAGAUUCACUUCGUCGCCGCUUUCCUCCCCUGGCAUCGCUGGUAUGUGCAGCUGCACGAGGACUUGCUCCGCGAUGAGUGCAACUACAAGGGCGUCCAUCCCUACUGGGACUGGACUAUUGACGCUGAUAAGAAAGAUAUGCCUAACUCUCCCCUCUUUGAUGCUGAGACUGGAUUUGGCGGUAAUGGCAAGCGAACCGACAGCAAUGAGCCUGGUUUCGAGCGUUGUGUCGUUGACGGACCUUUCGCAAACCUGAACCUGACUUUGGGUAUGGGGUGGCCAGAUGACAACACCCCUGGAAACCGCCCUCACUGCUUCAGCCGCGAGUUCAACGGAGGUAUGGGCAAGGAUGAAGACGGCAACCAAAUUAUUGGUGAUAUGCAGGUCACAGCCUACUACACGCCGGUUAUGAACACCAUCUACUCUUUCGACACCUUCUCCGGCAUGGCCGAGAUGCUUGAGGGUCUUCCUCAUGCUCAGAUCCACAGCGUCAUCUUCGGUGAUAUGGGACCUUCCACGUCUCCCAAUGAGCCUCUCUUCUUCCUGCACCACGCCAAUGUUGACCGCGUCUGGGCCAAGUGGCAGGACCGAAACAACACCCGAUUGGCUGAUUACAGCGGCAAGCAAUACAGUGGCGAGGCCGCCAGCAUCACUGAUGAGAUGCCAGUCCUCCGCCUUGCUGACACGCAGCCAGCUGUGAAGGACUACAUGGACAUCCAAGCUGGACCUCUUUGCUAUACUUACUCUGAUAUCUAA